AUGGAAAAAGUUUGGUCGCUGUUUUCUUCAGCGACUAAGCAAAAUUCUUACAGCUCCUCUUAUUCAAUAGAAUCUGUUUCUGAGCAAAGUUUAGAUCCUCUAUUCACCCUUAAAAAAGGUAAAAGAAAUAGCGACAAUUUACAGGUUUCCGUUUUUGAAUACAAACUCUCAAAAGACAAAUCUGAGGAAAACUUGAGGCUUGCUAAGUUAUUUCUUCGGAGAUUAAAAACUUUGCGGCACCCAAAUUUGCUUAAAUUUUAUGACGGAGAAGAAACAGAUACUCUAAUUGCUGUUUGUACCGAGCCGGUGGAGCCCCUUCAUAUAUUUUUAGAAUCUGAAGCUGAAAAUUUAACUUCAAAGCAACAAGAAUACCAAAUUCUUUGGGGGCUGCAUCAACUUUUAAAAGCAGUUCACUUUUUAAAUAGCAGUUCUUUGGCCCACUGCAACGUCGGCCUGCACUCCGUCUAUGUGGAUGACGCUGGUGAUUGGAAGCUUGGCGGCCUUCAAUAUAGCAGACCCCUUGAAGAGCUUGACGAUCUCAACUGUUUGCCUAAUUCUCACUAUCUUCCGCCAGAAAUAAGAAAGAAAAAAAGUUUUUCCAGCGAAAAUCCUCUCUGGUCUGUGGAUGUCUACAGCAUUGGAAUCCUAAUAUGGGAGGUUUUUAACAAUGCGAACCAUAAAGGGGAUCUCCGUAGUCCUCAACGUGAUGUAAAAAAGAUCCCGGCCAGUCUUCGUUCGGUUUAUUUAUCGCUUGUCCACGACGACCCGCAGCGGAGGCCGAACUGCGCGGAAGUCCUUUCCAGCUUAAAAAGUAAAGGCGGAGCGUUUGAUAGCGAUUUUUUUGCCGUUUGCUUAUUCUUGGAAGAAUUCCACUUGAAAAGCGAAGACGAGAAGAUGAGUUUCUGCGCCAAACUAAAUACUGUUCUGCCCCAAAUUUCCUUGCGGUCCCGUCAUAACAAGAUUCUACCUUUGCUGAUCAACGCUGUGUUGUAUGGAGGCGCUCGUACUUACAAUAUGCUAAAGAGCCUUUUUAAAAUCGCCUCGACCCUAGACGAGGUCGAGUUCCAGCGCAGGGUCGCUCCUUACUUGUCGCGGCUGUACUCCUCGCCGGAAAGGGAAACACGCGUAGCUCUGCUUUCCAAUCUGGAGUUGUACAGGAAGCAUCUUUCGAAAGACCUUCUGAACCUGGAAUUGUUCCCGAAACUUGCUAUGGGGCUUAAGGACAACCUGGCAGCCAUGCGACUGCUUACGCUAAAGGCUUGUCUUUUACUGGCCGCGCUGUUUACUGACAAAGUCCACGAGGAGUUGAUAACGAAGUACUUGCUACCGCUCCAGACAGACCCGCAUCCGGGUAUCAGAGUAAACACGGUUAUCUGCAUGGGAAAGAUGGCGCCCUUUCUCUCCGCACAAAACAGGAAAAAGUUCCUCUUAACGUCCCUUUCAAGGCCAUUGAAAGAUCCUUUUUAUCACACACGCGUUGCUGCUCUCAGGGCUUUAUAUGCUACUUCUGAAUAUUUCGAUGAAGAAAUAGUGGCCACAAAAAUUCUUCCUCUUGUGGUUGUUGGCUGCAUUGACCCAGAAGUGGAGGUGAGAGCCCAGACCUUCCGACUCCUUUCCUUGUAUCUCUCGCGUCUGGAAAAGCACUCGGAGGCCAUGCCCCCCUCCAGCCGCGAAAAAAGCGGUUCGCUAAAGUCUUCGUCAGAAGGCUCUGUAGCCUCCUGGACUGAGCGAGCCGUGUCGCACGCCUUCUCUUCUAUAGUUCGUCUAGCACAAGGAGUUCAGACUGAACCUCCUUGCCAGGAAUGCUCUAUACGACCCACUGAAGAGCAGAGCAUAUCCACUAGAGAAGUAGUAGAAGGCUGGAAGGACAUUGAACUCUCUGAUUGGGAGUGGGAUCCCGAGGACAACGAGGGCUUUGCUCCUGUUAAAAGUGAGCGCCGACAGAGCACAAAGGGCCAUUCGAGAUCACCCUUUUAAAUACCUAGACCUCCUUUAUUCAGUCCUUUGAACCUCCUCUUUUCUUGGUUCUUCUGAUUCACUAUUAUAGUGAAUAAAAAGAAGAAGGGGCCAAGCAAAAAGGCAAAAGUA